UAAUAGACGAUCUUGGGCCGCCAAACAUUCUACUUCCUGUCUGUUGCCACGGCAACACUUAACAACAACGCUAGCAGGCAAAAACCAGGCGAUAAAACCAACACUUUUCUUCGGGUGAAUUAAGUGAUUCGGAGCUUUUAAAUAAUCUCAGAGGGGAGGAAUUUUCUACCAGGACCACGAUGCGUCAACGACAGAUCAUUCAAGUUUUGGAGCAGUUCCAGAAAUCCCGAAUGCAGUUUGUGCAAAGUGUUGCUGAUCUGGCAGCCCAACCUCAAAAUAUAGAAAUCCUUCACAAUACAGGUGUGCUGUCCCUGUUGUGUCCCCUGUUGUUGGACUCGGUCCCCAGCAUCCAGCAGACAGCAGCUCUGGCUCUGGGCCGCCUGGCAGACCACAGCGAAGACCUGGCUGAGGCCGUGGUGAAGGAGGACAUCCUGCCCCAGCUGGUCCAUUCUCUGGCCUCGCACAACAGGUUCUAUAAGAAGGCAGCAGUGUUUGUGCUGCGUGCAGUAGCCAAACACUCCCCUGAGCUGUCCCAGGCCGUGGUGUCCUGUGGUGGUGUGGACGCUCUGGUCCUCUGCCUGGAGGAGUUUGACCCCGGGGUGAAGGAGGCCGCUGCCUGGGCUCUGGGCUUCAUCGCACGACACAAUGCAUCUCUGUCUCAGUCGGUUGUGGACGCUGGUGCCGUCCCCCUGCUAGUGCUGAGUCUCCUGGAGCCUGAGAUGGCCCUCAAACGCAUCGCGGCCUCCACCCUCAGUGACAUCUCCAAACACAGCCCUGAGCUGGCCCAGACUGUGGUGGACACGGGCGCCAUCGCGCAUCUGGCACAGAUGAUCCUCAGCCCAGACGCCAAGCUGAAGAGGCAGGUGUUUUCGGCCCUGAGCCAGAUCAGUAAGCACUCUGUCAGCCUGGCAGAGAUGGUAGUCGAGGCAGAGAUCUUCCCUGCGGCACUGGCCUGCCUCAGAGAUCCCGAUGAGUAUGUGAGGAAGAAUGUCACCACCCUAAUGAGGGAGGUGGUAAAACACACACCAGAGCUGUCUCAGGUGAUUGUCAACUGCGGUGGCCUGGCAGCAGUUAUUGAUUACCUCGGCGAUUGCAGCGGAAACCUGAGGUUGCCAGGGAUCAUGAUGCUGGGAUACGUGGCCGCUCACAACGAGAACCUUGCCAUGGCCGUCAUUCUCUCUAAGGGGGUGCCCCAGCUGGCCCUGUGUCUGUCUGAGGAGUCUGAGCAACACAUCAAGGCGGCUGCAGUCUGGUCCAUCGGCCAGAUAGGAUACCACACCCCUGAGCACGCCAAGGCGGUGGCCACAGCUAACCUGCUGCCCAAACUGCUGCAGCUCUACAUGGACGCCAGCAGCUCAGAGGACGUGCAGACCAAAAGUAAGAAGGCUCUCAAGAAUGUCCUGCAGAAGUGCACCCACCUGCCAGCUCUGGAGCCCCUCCUCUACGAAGCUCCCAGCAACAUCCUCAAACACGUGGUCUGCCAGUUCAGUAAGGUGCUGCCUCACGACAGCAAGGCUCGCCGUCUGUUCGUGACCAGCGGGGGCCUGAAGAAAGUGCAGGAGAUCGAGGCCGAGCCCGGGUCUCCGCUGCAGGAGCACAUCACCACCAUCAACAACUGCUUCCCCAAGGAGAUAGUCAGGUACUACUCACCUGGUUACUCGGAGGAGUUGCUGCAGGGGUUAGAGAACUACCAGCCAGCCUGACAUCGCAUCCUGCUUCAAUAUAUCAAAAAAUAUAUCAAAACUACAUUUACUUUACUUACUUACUUACUUUUUUUUUUUUUGCACAUUCAAAUACACAUUUGUAGUAGCUGAAAGUGUAUCUUGUAGGCAGGCAGAGAUCGAAAUAAAUAGCCUUCACUUAAUCUUGAGGGAUGGGACAACUUUAUUACUCGAAUAACACCUCUAACAGCAAAUUCACAACCAGGGAUUUCUCAGUGUCGGAAAGUUUUCUCUUGAGCUCACCACAGGGAGGUCAGAGGUCAGGUUCAGUGACAGAGCAGCAGGUGGUGGGGAAUUAGACCUGUCAUGAGACUGGAUGCUUGCUGACACAUGGAUUUAAAUCUGAGACUUCUUGUUUAAGACCCGGGUCCAGGACAGACACAUCAAUCUUUUCAUUGCACCAGUUUCACGUCAGACAACUGAGACAUCCCCAGUAAAAGGUGCCAAUGAUUUGGCUGUUCUGUUCUUUUUUUUAAAAAAGUCAGGUAAUACAGAAGGAGAAAAGGAAAAAAAAUAAACAAACAAAUAAUAAAAAAAAAACAAUAGGAAUCCACCUGGAGUUAUGCGCAUCCGUCUCUGCUGCCCCCUGGCGGCCGUGGCUGCUCGGUGCCGCUCAGCUGUGUGCGUGUGUGUGUGUGUGUGUGUGUGUGUGCAGCAGCUGCGGCGCACAUGGCCAGCCGCUCUUUGUUUAUUGUCUGCCGGGUUGUCUCUGCUUGUUCUCCGCAUUGUGCUGACGGCCCGAGGAAAGCCUGGGUCCCUUAGAGCAGCGGAGAUCUGAGCAUGUCACGGCUGCAGCUGCCGCCACCCCUCCUCUCCAAGAACCUGAUAGGAGCCAUUUUAUAGUCUGAUGCAUUAUGCAGAUCGUCUGCAGUGGACGCGCAGUCGCGGUUUCCCUUAUUGAGAAUUGAGAAUAUUUCAGAAAAGCAAGACGGAGUUUAAUUUCGCCGCCGCCUGCUCACAACGAAUCCAAAAUUUGGCGACCGAGCGUGCACAUGUGCAAACAAAUAUCAUUUUUAUUGAAAUGAUCGAAAACAUAAUGCGCGUUAUUUUCCUGAUUGGACCAGGCUCAAGCAUUUGUGUUUAAGAACGGAUCAAAUCCAUCAGAUCAACGACAGUAAAUAACGCGUCUAUGUUAAAUGGGAACAAUUCAACAAGAAAUAAAAAUGAAAGAAAACGCACAAACGCUGUUUAAAUAUGUCAUGAAAAAAUAGAUAGAACUGUGAUUCAUCAAAAAAAAAAAAAAAAAAUUAAAACCUGCGAGCCAGUGGCGGCAAAGAAACACAUUUCAGUUCGGUGUAACAAUCAUACAGCUGUAGAAUAUUUUUAGUAUGUUCAUCAGUGCAUCAGGAUUCAGUAAUACAAAAGGAGAUGAGUCAUCUGAUGAGAGGAGGCAGAAAAUAAUAAUAAUAAAAAAUAAAUUAAAAAUGCUCCCGGUAAAUUGCUGCGCGAAAAUUACAAACUGAUUGAAGAAUCCAGGAAGAAAAUGUCUUUUAUUCACAAGUCUUGAAGAAAAAAAAAAAAAAAAGCCUCUUGUUCAAAAUGCGAAAAGGCGCAGAAAACAUUUCCAAGGACAGACACUCGCUCGUUUGGAGCAUUUGUUGUAUUUUGAAGGAAUUCGACUCAUUUGAUUUUCAGCGUCUCCAAGGACAAAAAAACGCACAACGGAAUUUAAAUAGUUGUCAUUUCAAUGGUGUCAUCAAACCGACCUUCCCAUAUUUAAAUUGAGCCACGGGUUUAAAGAGGGAUUUUUAAAUAGUUUUCAUGGUGAAAUUAACAGAACAACGGGAGAAAGGCUGCAAAGAUUUGACACUAUUUGACCUUAUUCUGCGUGUGCUCGUAUCCAAAUAAAAUCACUGACCAUUCAGGUAAUAACUGCCACAUUUUACACGUGUUUGCGUGAUUUCCUAUCAAAAAACAAACAAUAAAUAAAUAAAGAAACUUUUACAAUUUUCCUAUUUGCGAUCAUUUAUUCAGGUGCUUCUGGGUAAUUCAGCCGUUAAAAUUAUAAAUGAUAAAUAAUCCAUUUUCUUUUUUACCCGCUCGCAGGAAGCUUUAAAAUAAAGAAUAAAAAAUCAACAAUGAAGACACGGGGACAAGGAAUAAACAAUUCGAGGAAGACUUUGAGUUAAGCAGAACAAGUGCUUUAAUUGGUUUGAGUGAACGCGUAUGGGAUGGAGUGUAUUAUUAUUAUUAUCAUCAUCAUCAUCAUUAAAUGUGAAGAACAAUAAACAUACAUCAUCGUUUUGGCCUCUCUGCCAUUGAACGGAAAACUCUCACCAACCAUUGUCAGACAGCAAUUAACAAACACACACUCACACGUACGCGCACUGUAAUGCUUUACACUUUUAAGUUGCAUUUUGGGGUCGUUUGGAGACAAACUCUGCAGGGGCAGGGGCGGGGGCGGGGUCGGGGCCGGGGGGCGGGGGUUUGUUUCCUGGCCUGCUGUGUGUGGACUUCUGCAUGCAAAUUCAGCUACUUUAAUUUAUUUAUUUAUUUAUUUAUUUUUGAACACGUUGGAGAACUGUCUGCAGACUGCAAAAUGUUAAAGCCAGAGAAAUGUAGCCCCGCCCUCUCGUUACCUCUGCAGACUCUGUCCUGGUCCCCCUUUUUGCAUUUGUAAUCCAAUUUUCCUUUAACACCUGUUACAUUAACACAGGGCUGCUUCCCGUAACUUUGGACACAUACGAGCACUGCACACCUCACUCCAUCUACCACAAAGAAAAAAAAAUAUUAGCUUUAAAACAAACAGACACGUUUCACGAUAACACAAUGCUCCUCAAGCUCAUGUGGGGGAAGUUGUAACUGCUGAGAGUUGCUUUUGGCAAGUUAACAGUGGCAGCAUGUUGACUGGAAGGGAAGGAGUUCAUUCAUGAGUCAUGAGAGCGAGGACUUGUUCAUAUCACAGCAGCAGAGCACGGGUGUUGUUAUCGGCUUUAAUUUGCAUCUGUUAAAAGUUCGGCUUCACCGGUUCCUCCCUGGGUUUUUGUGUUCUCCGAGCCAAAACAAAAAACAGGAAAGUCACCCAGCAUGCACUGCUCUGAUUUCUACACUUGCACAAGGAAAGUCUUUGGGGCCAGACAGAGCAAAGCAGACUAGAAGAUGAUUGUGUUCCCUCAUUGUCUCCGUUUUCUUUAGAACACAAUCUAUGUACAUUAUGAGUUAUGGGACAACAGAAACAAAAACAGCCCAUUUACAGUGAAGGAACAUAGAGAUAUCAACUAACCACUGACUGGGGAUCAACAACUAACUGGUUGAAAAAAAACAUGGAGGGUAAGAAGGAAGAAGAGAACAAGAACCGGACAAACAUUUAACGACAAAAACUCAUCUGACUGCAUCUGUGGGGAAACUCCUGACAGACUCCUGAGGUGUGGGCAGCUGUCAGUUAAGAUGAUGAAAACACAGACACGACACAUACACACAUAUGCACUUCCACACACACACACACACACACACACAUACACACACACACACACAUACACGUUCUUUAUAAAGGCAGGACCAGCGCAAACCAACACAGGGUUAAUAUAAGCAGACACCACCUUCAUGUGGAGGAGAAGGAAAAGGAUGCCCGCGCACACCGAAUAAUAAUCAGAACGACGCAUUUAAAUCUACAGAAUCCAGAGCGACCCACCAUCUUCGAACGUAAGACAGGUGUCGGCUUUUUAUGUUGGUCAGAACACAAUCACUGGAAUGGUAUGAGAACAAAAACACGGGAAGGUUGAAAAUGAUGUGGGCUCGGAAAUAAAAGUGGAAAAUAAUACGUAAACACCCUAUUAUUAAAAUAACCUUUUACCUUUGUUUUAAAAAAAGAUUACAAAAUAUAAAAUUAAAUAAAUUUGGAGUAUAAAGGCACACAUCUUGCACAGUGUAUACAAUGAAAAACAGUUAUUUAAAGCAUGGUAGAGACUAUUUUACGGCGUACAGCUCACAAAUCUGGUUAAAGUGGGGAGGGGAGGGGGGCACAAAGAGAACCUGAACAACACAGACUACAGAGGGAAACGGAAACUCAGUCCUGUGACAUGCAUUUUUUUUUUUUUUUUUUAACAUUUUUAAAGUA